AUGCCCAAGAGAGCUGCCGAAGACCAGAAACACCCCGCCGAGACCUCGUCGGAAGACGAAUACGACGAGUCCUACCUCGAAGAGGACUCCUACGCUCCCGACUCUCCUGACGAUCCGACCAUGGAGGACGACGAGGAGGUCCCUGAUACCAUCGAUGUGGACUUUGAGUACUUUGAUUUCAACAAGGACAUUGACUACCACGCCAUUGGAAAUCUGCUGCGACAAUUGUUGGAUUCUGACUCAACCUCGUUCAACCUCUCUGAGCUCUCCGAUAUGAUCCUUGAGCAGGAGUCUUGCGGAACCACAAUUAAGACCGACGGAAAGGAGUCCGAUCCCUUCGCCAUCCUCACAGUCAUCAACAUGUCCAAACACAAGGACAACAAGAAGGGAGUUAUUGCUGCUCUCAUUGACUACUUCGUCGCUCGAACACAGGACCUUCCCGAGCUACACAAGCAGAUGCGAAAGUUGCUGGGCCCCUCUUCCACCUCCAAGGUUGGUCUCAUCAUCUCUGAGCGACUCAUCAACAUGCCUGUCCAGGUCGUUCCUCCCAUGUACAAGAUGCUUCUUGAUGAGACUAAGGAUCAGGACUUUGAUUACUUCCUGGUGCUCUCGAAGACUUUCACCGAGGCCGAGACCUCUGUGGACGAGGAGGACGAGCGGCCCUCUAAGAAGAACAAGAAGGGCCCCGGAUACAAGCCCGAGACCUACUACUUCCAUCCCGAGGAUGAGGUUAUUCAGGAGAAGAGUACACAGUACGGCUCCUACGCAUUUAAGAAGGCUUCCCAAGAGGCUGACUCCAAGCGAGCCUUCCAGGAGUAUGGUAUCUUCCCUCAGGGUCACUUGAUGCUUUUCAAGGCCAAGGAUCUGGAGGCCAUUGUGGCCAAGAUGGAGGUUGAGUUUGCCCCUUAA